UGACCCCAGUGGCAGUCCCAUCUCACUACACCGCGCACUCCGGCUCCCCCUCUGUCAGAGCGAGGCUGCUCUCUCUCCCUUCUCUCUCUUGCUCCCCUCUCUCCGGCUCUGUCUCGUUUCCACAAGAGCCAGCCGAGGUCCCCCAGGGUCGAAGGUUCUGCCCUGCCCGCCCAGACUGCAACCCCCGCCGGCCGCCAAAAUCUGCAUUCUCUCGCAUGGAUAUGCGCCUUCUGACAGCGUAGAGGGCGACCCCGGGACACAUAUCGGCCAGAACGAAGGUGCGAUGUCAAGCCCACUGUGGCUACUGACUACAAUCAAUCAGGGAUUGAGACAGGAGGGAGCGACACCGGGUCGAGGGAGGCACACUAGAACUGAAGUCCGGAUUGCUGUGUGGUCGUGGUCCAGUGUGGCUGAUCCAGGUUUGCGCACAAGGCGGUCCCAGUUCUGAGCGGCGGUUCUGAAGGAUGAGCGCUGAACGGUUUGGUCUUGGAUCCUGGUGAACGGUGUCUGAUGUCCGAACGGUGGAAGCAUGGCUCAUGGAAUGGCCUCUCAGGGCAAAGUGACCAUCACAGUGGAUGAAUACAGCUCCAACCCCACACAGGCCUUCACCCACUACAACAUCAACCAGAGCCGCUUUCAACCGCCACACGUCCACAUGGUGGAGCCCACGCCGUAUGACACCCCAAAGCCGGCCGGGCACACGCGGUUUGUGUGCGUGUCAGACACGCACUCGCGUACCGAUGGGAUCCAGAUGCCCUAUGGGGACGUGUUGCUGCACACAGGAGACUUCACCGAGCUAGGCCUUCCCUCCGAGGUCAAGAAGUUCAACGACUGGCUAGGUGGUCUACCGUAUGAGUUCAAGGUGGUGAUAGCGGGGAACCACGAGCUGACGUUCGAUAAGGACUUUAUGGCUGAGCUGGUCAAGCAGGAUUACUACCGCUUUCCCUCAGUGUCCAAACUGAAGCCAGAGGACUUCGAUGAUGUCCAGGACCUCCUCACCAACUGUGUGUACCUCCAGGACUCUGACGUCACAGUCAAGGGCUUCCGGAUCUACGGGACCCCAUGCCUGUUCCCUCUCUGGAGUCCAUGGUUUAACGGCUGGGGAUUCAACCUGCCCCGAGGCCAGUCUCUGCUGGAUAAAUGGAACCAGGUCCCAGAGGGCAUCGACAUCCUCAUGACCCACAGCCCUCCCCUCGGGUUCCGAGACUGGGUUCCCAAGGAGCUGCAGAGGGUAGGCUGCGUCGAGCUGCUCAACACGGUACAGAGGAGGGUCCGACCCAAACUCCACGCCUUCGGAGGAAUACACGAAGGGUAUGGCAUCAUGACAGACGGCUUCACGACGUUCGUCAACGCCUCCACGUGCACGGUCAGCUUCCAGCCCACCAACCCGCCCAUUGUUUUCGACCUGCCCAACCCUUCCUCCAGCUCCUGAGGAUGACGUCCGACCUGCAAGGACGGGGGGUGGG